AUGUCGUUCAGCUUCGUUGUGCACGAGCCCAAGAAACACGGCCGAUCGGGAUCGAGCAGAACGGAAAUCCAGCCCUUGCAGUGCAACUCGAGGCUAAGGCCACCAGCUGAAGCUCUUUUUCCAAUGCCUCAGAGGGCUUUCUAUCCUCCGGAAGCUGUGGGCGGAAAAACAUGGCCAUGCAAAUUGUCAGUGAAAGCGUUGAAGAUCCAAUUACCCAAAUGGGGGUCAGCCGACCAUCAUAGAUAUCAUGCUCGCUCACGUUGCGGAAUUUCUGAGGGUACUGAACCCAAGCUAUUUCAUGAGAGAUUUUGGGGUCGAGAUAAAAGCACAUGGCAUGGCGAGCAGAUGAUGGAUCCCCACAGUACAUGUCACAGUCCAGUACCAAAAAGUAUGGAGCAUUGCUGA